UCUCCCUACUUUUAACUUCAAGCAACCAACUCUUCAGUCAUUCCAGUACCCAAUUCUCAUCCAGUGCUGCCGGUGGAUUUAGUUCCAAUAUGUGGCUCCUUUUCCUGGUGGUGUGUGCAAUCCAAGGCAUUUUGUCUUCAAAAGAACCAGCACCCACAAGAGGCAAUGUGAAUCCUGAAGUAUACAUGAAUAUAAGUGAGAUCAUCCGCCAUAGAGGAUACCAAGCAGAAGAAUAUAAAGUGCUCACACCUGAUGAUUACAUCCUCACUAUCAACAGAAUCCCCUCUGGCAGAGAACAACCUUGGCACAUACCUAAAAAGCCUGUUGUGCUUUUGCAGCAUGGCUUUGCUUUAGAAGGAAGCAGCUGGGUUGAAAAUAUGCACAACAACAGCCUCGGAUUCAUGCUAGCAGAUGCUGGUUAUGAUGUCUGGAUAGGGAACAAUAGGGGCAAUUCCUGGUCUCGGAAACACCGGACAUUAUUUGUUGAACAAGAACAAUAUUCUGCUUACAGUUUUGAUGAAAUGGCCAAGUAUGAUCUUCCAGCAAUAAUCGAUUUUAUUGUGAAGAAAACUGGAGUCCCCAAGAUGCAUUUUGUUGGAUUUUCUCAGGGUGCCACUCAAGGUUUCAUUGCAUUUUCAUCUAUGCCACAUGUAGCUGAAAAGAUAAAAAUGUUCCAUGCCUUUGCUCCAUUAAGCACACUAAAGUGUUCUCUGAGCCCUUUUGUCAAGUUGCUGUUCCUGCCAGAUGGAAUAAUAAAGACUUUCUUGGGCAAGAGAGAUUUUUCACUGAGAAGUGAGAUUAAGAGGUCACUUACAACUCGUAUCUGCAGCUCCAAAACCUUCAACAAGCUCUGCUCGUGGGCCUUUUCAGUUGUUGGGGGAUCUAAUGAGACAAAUCUGAACAUGAGCCGCAUUGAUGUCUACAUGUCGCGUUUUCCAGAUUCGACAUCAGUUCAGAAUGUGCUCCACUGGGGACAGAUAUACAAAACUGGGAAAUUUAGAGCCUUUGAUUAUGGGAAUAGAAAUAAGGAUAAAUACAAUCAGACUGAGCCUCCAUCCUAUGACAUAGAACAUAUGAGAAUACCAACGACUGUAUGGUAUGGUGAAAAUGACUGGUUUGCUGACCCUGAUGACGUCAAAGCAUUAAUCUGUCGCAUCCGUAACGUAGUCUACAUAAAUAACCUAUCUAAAUGGACUCAUUUUGAUUUUCUUUGGGGUCUUGAUGCCCCUCAGAAAGUUUACAGUCCCCUUAUCGAACUGAUGGACUUGCACCCAUAGAGCUGUAAUUUUCCCUAUCAUUUGUUGUGUAAAGGAAUAACAAAACAUAGGAUGCAGCCUAUAUUAUUCUAUAUUUUCUACCAUAUCUUGAUGUAAGGCACAUACAGUUCAGGAUUUUCCUAAAUGGCCAAGCACUUGUCAUUUACAAUGGACAAGAUGUUCAUUGUAAUAGGCUUGUAUAUUGCAAGGAUUCCCCUGGCAUGCCAAACAUUACGUGAGCCCUGUACACAGAGACACAUUGUAAUCUAUGAGAUUAAUGUCAAUGGGGGUUGGGCUGCUCAGUGUCAGAGGUGGAGAUCAGCUUUUGUCCUAACACCCAAUAUUAUUCCCCAAGUACUCACCCCCCAUUU